CUACGGCGCGUUUCCGCACGAGGAUAUAUACGGAGGCGUGCGGGGGAGUCGCCGCCGGUGUCGUAAGCUUUUUCUUUAAACGGUAAGGACUCGUCGUACCCACCUUAUCGUCGUCGUCGUCGCCGCCGCCGGCCGCCGUCGUCGUCAUCGUCGUCCCUGGCGGAACACCUGCGCACCGAUACCGAGGCGUAGCAGCAUGGUAUGGUAUCAGUGACUGAGAACUCCCCCGAAACAUGAAGAAGCAUCCUUACAUCCUCGCGUGCGUCCUACUCCUGCUGCCUCUCUCAUUGGGCCUCAGUCUGCAAGAGGACGACCUGGUUUUUGACGAUGUCGGUGAAGACAACGACAAUGACAACGUACCCGUUGGCUCCGUCCUGAUAAAUCAUCAUUCGUCUCACGGCCGAUCCGAUCGUUACGAGCACGGAUCUCGUGAUGGUAGGAGGCACGGCUCUCGGGUCGAAAGGGCAUGGGGCGUGCCGGACUCCGUCGUCCCGGUCGGCCACAUCUUCAGGAUGAAAAUACCGCGGCAAGCUUUUUCGGGAAGCGUGGAUUUUUAUGAGGUUCACGAGACCGCAGAUCGCGAUCGUUUACCGCAAUGGAUGCACUGGGACGACGCCGUCUUCACUCUCUUGGGCGUGCCGUCAAAGAAGGACAUGGGCAAUUAUCACCUGAGCGUCACGGCUGUCGGCAAGCACCAUGACACCGCCAAGGAUCAAUUCGUCGUGCAAGUUAUACCUGAGAAGCUAGAGGAACUCAAGCAUAAGGACGGCAAGACGCAUUGCGACGACGGAGAGGACCAGACGAUCCUCACAAUUCUGCUGGAUGCGCGGAUGGACCAACUGUCGCCUACCAUUAGGGUGAAUGCCAUCGAAAAUCUCGCCGGAUUUCUGGGAAUGCACACGAGCGCAUUCUCGAUGCAUUCCCAAAGUAUCAAGGAUGUCACUGCACUGGAUUCCUCCGUCAUUUUUACCGGACCCGGGAAUGUUAGGCAUCACAAAAACAAAGAGAGUCAUUUAACUACCAUUCAAUGGCAGGUUGGCUGCGACGGUCACUUAUGGAAACAUCAAACAGAGUUGGUGAAACAAUUACGUGAGCAGGCGAAGGACGGUACUCUAGCAGAAGUUCUGCAGCUUCCUGUGCUGUCGUGGCGUGUCAGAACGGACUUGAACUCCUUCCUGAGAAACAGACGAGAAACUGGUUCCGGCGAUUACGGCGAUUCGGACGAUUAUGGCGGUUACGAUGACGACUACGAUGGUGAUUAUGACGAGGAGAACGAGGAAGAUGAUAACGAUGAUAACCUCGGCGUAUCGCCGACUUACGUACCAGACUCGAAACAUCCGCACCGGCAUCAUCACGGCGAGGAGACGAUCGGUUGGAAGGGCGAAGACAUCGAUGGGCAAGAGAUAAUACCGAGAAUGAGUCAAAGUGAAUUGGAAAAUAAAACUACAACUACAACAAGAACCACUGAACUUACUACAUCAUCACCAUCAACAACUACAACUACCUCCACCACUACGACGACAACUACCACUCAAGCCACGCCAACGACCGUAACCUCUACUAGUAGCACUACAACGACCAUCACAUCGGCUGAUAUAACAGCAACAGCUAGUAUCUCCACCGCUGUAGCUCCAUCGAUAGAAUCUCCGCGAUCAGAGACUACGGAUGAAGAAUCGUCGACGGAGAAAACGAAACCCGUGGAACCCGCCGAACCCGUUACCGUUUUACCAACUAUUCCUUCGGACAUUACUACGACUCCUCCUCCUGCAACCACUUUGCCGCCUUUUAGCACAUCGGCCACCCAGACUAGUGUCUUCGACAAAAUCGAGACGGAGAUCGUCGGUAUUACUAAUGUUACGACGGAAGAGUCGGAACAAACUACGACUUCCAUGAAAGAACCAACUACUGUACCAACAUUCAUCGUCACGGACGUUAAAACCACUACCACCACUCCUUCACCUGCAGUCAUAACGAAUGUUAGCGCUUCUACUAUUAUACCUGUAAUCGUAACGAAUGAGACAACUACGAUGCCAUCAACAUCGGAUCUUCGCACAACGAUAUCGAGCACAACACCGUCCACUACUAGCACGACCAUAAGCACCACAAGCACGACUACGACAACUACAACUACCGCGGCACCUACAACCACCACAACAACGACAACAGCUCGAAUUACUACGGAGAGUAUCGAGUAUGGUCAAGCCAACUUCCCACCGAGACGCGAUAGGAGAUUAAAGAAAAUACCAGUGACUGCCGGUAAACCAUUGAGUUAUGUCAUUCCGGCCGACACCUUCACCGAUUUGGAAGAUGGUAACACGAGGAGCCUAAAGUUGAGUUUGUACUGGCAAGGUGUGCCACUCAAAACAACACACUGGCUUCAAUUCAAUCAUCAUACUCAGGAAGUUUAUGGAUUACCUCUCGAGAAUGACAUAUCUACCUGGAAUUAUGAACUGGUUGCUAUGGAUAGAGAAGGUGCCAACGUUACUGACAGUCUCGAUAUUCAUGUUCAACAACAUAAGCUGAGUCGUAGCGUCAAUCACGAAUUUAGCAUUUACUUGAAAAUCGAUAAACGAAUCGAAUUUCCAACAGAUGUCGAUUGGGAACUCGAGGUAAUCCGAAGCUUGGCUGAACUUUAUGGAGACAGAGACACCCAGCAUAUCACAGUUCGUUCCAUCGAUAUCAAUACUGAUCGUGAACAAGCCAUUUUCAUAUGGACUAAUGAUAGUCUUCCAAGAAGUAGCGAGUGUCCGAGAGAACAUAUAAACAGAUUAUUGCGCGUACUCAUCGACAGUGAUGGAGAUCCAUCAGCUUCUCUAAAAGCAGUUCUUGCUCCAGAAAUCAGGGUAAAGCGUGUCGUGUUUCAAGGUAUUGGACAAUGCGAAGAUAUGAAUCGUCCCGAGAUACCAAAAGUCUCUACCGAAGAGCCGAAAGUGAAUUUCCCGCCGGUACCGAGGAAUCAAGUUGAUCAUGUUAAUGCGACAGUUGGCCAAUUACUCGUGUUUAAAGUGCCAGAAGAUACAUUCUUUGAUGCUGAGGAUGGAUCGUCACGAAAUAUGAAGAUGUCACUUUUAACUAUCGAUCGAAGACCUAUUCCAUCUUACGAGUGGCUGCAGUUUGACAGCAAGAAUCAAGAAUUUUACGGCGUGCCAAUGAUUACCGACAUUGGCCGUAAAGAAUAUCAGUUAGUUGUCGUCGAUAAAGAAGGUGCGAGUGCCACAGAUGGAUUGGUCGUUGUCGUUCAUUCAGCACCUCCCAUGGCACACACGGUAGAAUUCUCGAUGACGCUAGAUAUUUCUUACGAUUCUUUUGCGCAUUCUGCACUUCAGAAGCGUAAUUUUAUCGAGAAACUGCGUGAUCUCUACGGGGACAGAGACACGAACGCUAUCUUGCUGCACAACAUCUCAAACGGCAGUACCGUCAUCACAUGGCACAACAGAACUCUACCUACGUCGUAUUGUGCCCACGACGAAGUCAACAGGCUGCGAUCCGUGCUUGUGAAGAGCGAUAACGAUCGACGCUCCGUAACAGACGAGGUGUUGGACGUGAUGGGUUUGAAAUUCCCGGUGAAGCAGAUCACGGUGAUUCCCAUGGGAAUCUGCCUUGGUGAAUUAACGGGUGUUCACUCGCCGGAUAGCCACGUGCCACCAGUGGACGAUUCGACAUCCGUUGGCGCGUUCCAUGAUGAUUAUCUUCUCACCUUUGUCCUGCCAGCGAUCAUUAUCGCCGCUAUGCUUAUUCUGGCGGGAAUAAUCGCAUGCGUGCUACACAAGCGAAGACGUAGUGGAAAGAUGAGCGUCAGUGAACAAGAUGACGAGCGGCAGAGUUUCCGGAACAAAGGAAUUCCCGUGAUUUUCCAGGACGAGCUGGAAGAGAAACCUGAUCCUGGCAAUAAGUCACCCGUAAUUCUGAAGGAAGAAAAACCACCUCUUCCACCGCCCGAGUAUCAGAAAACCGAGGACGGCGCUGAUGUGCCGAUGUUGCCUAAGGAGAACUCCGAGGAACCGUACCAACCACCGCCGCCAUUCGCCACGAACCGUGACACCAAUCGACAAAAUCGUCCCAAACCUACUCCAACGUACAGGAAACCACCUCCCUACGUGCCUCCCUAACAAAAUACGGUACACUCGCCUACGCGAAAAUAUAUGCUAGCAAUGCUCGGAGACUCACCGAUACACAAGCAAAACCAAAUUAAUUAUAAAAAGCAAUCACGAAUUGGCGACGAUGACGAUCGUGGGACUCUGAACGUUUAUAGCGACGUUUAAACGAAAGCCCUUCUCCAUUCACCCGGUAUGAGACAAUAUACUGCUUUGCAAAGCGUGAAUGGAAGACUCUUCCGCGAGAACAUUCUCCGAAUUUACGCGCGUUUUUACUUAUUUUAUAUAUGUAUCAACAACGGCACAUCUCACCAUCGAUUUUACGAAAAAAAAAAAAAAGAAAAAAAUAUUCCUUAGUCGAUAUUCGCGAGAUCGACAUACACUCUCUUAAUCAUCUAUAUUUCACGCGAAAGAAAAAGGAAAGAUUUUCUAGGGAGUAUGGGAAUACAAAUCACGUGUUGCCUUUCGUAAAGAAUUCAAUUGUAGGGAAGGAUCCACUGCUCCGAACUUGAUACGCGAAUUUAGUUUAGAUCGUUGUAGAACCGAGACAGCGAUAGGAAAUAAACGUACUUUAUUCGACUUUGUAGAUUCGAGACAGCAACGAUACUCAUAAAUAUUUCAAUAAUCAGUGCCAUUUAUUAAGCAAUAAGGGUAUUCGAUUGUGAAUAACAAUCGUACGUAUAAUUAAUACGGUUCUACGGAUUUAUCGCAAUUACUGUAUACAGAGAGUCUCCAGGUAUCAAGAACGACGGAUUUAACGAAAUAAUUAUAUUACGCACCUACAACGUAUAUCACUGCCAGAACGACAAAUGCAUAGUGUGUUGCCAAGCGAGAAAGUUUCGAGAUAUAUACAGGGUGCGUCAGCUAAAUCCGAACAAAUAGUUUAUUAAAAUGUCAUUUUAUUCAGAAAAAACUUGAACAUAUACAACAAUUUUUUUUGUACAUCACUCGAGGGAUCCUUUCUGAGUUCUAUCACUCAAUAUAACUUCCAUUUGCUGCAAUCACUGCCUCGAUCCUUUGCCUAAGAUACAAGCUCUUUUUAACAGCUUCUUAUCUAAAUUCAUGAAUGCUGCUUCAAUAGCGGCUUGAAGGAUUGGGGUGCUUGUUAGACACUCUUUCAAUAGCGCUCCAAACGAAAUAAUCUAGAGGGUUUAAAUCUAAACUAUUUUGAGACGUCAGAAUUCCUUGGACCAAAAUACGUCUACGUUGUCAGAAAACUAAUUUUGCACUAAAUGGCUUGUGAGCUGGUGUGCCGUCUUGUCGAAAACUGUGCGGCCUUCCAGAGGCCGUAGUUUCCAUCCAUGGCUUCUCUACAGUCCUCAGAAUCCGGAGGUAAACUUCCUUCGUGAUGACUUUUCCUUAAAAAAGAAAAAUAAGGCGACAUAAUGUCACUUUCAUUGGAGAUGACACUAAGGACGUAUACAUUAGCCGGAAGCUUUGUCUUGAUUAUUAUGGGGACAUCCCCAAGAUGUAAACGGGCGACCACGGGUAUCCGAAUAAUUUCGGUCGGCGAACGUCCGGCGCGAAGCGCUUCAAUUAUCGCCGCUCUUCGGUUGCACUUGAUCUCAUUAACUCAUUUUGAGAUUAUACUAUACAUUUCAUACUUGCCCGUGUACCAACAGUCAUCUACUACCAAAGUCACAUAUAACAGAAACUUUAAAUUUUAUUUUGUUCGGAUUUAGCUGACGCACCCUGUUUAUGUAUAUAAUAUUAUAUAUUCUAAUUUCUUUUCUAAACUCUCCAUUUAGGAUAAUUCGUGGCGAGAUAAAUGAAACGGAAUUAAGUGUCACUUAAACUAGCUUGCUUGGCGACUGCUUAGUUAAGGAGAAAAUAUCAGAGAAUUGAAACGUUUUUUGAGACAUUUAAAGGAACGAUUAUGAUACAUGCAACGCCAUUGCAAAGUGACAGCAAAUGCUUCCAUUGGCACAGUAGGCCAUGCAGAUAACUUAUCUAAGAUAAAAAAAACUAAUUAUAGGUAAUAUAUACAAAUAUAAAUAUAUAUAUAUAAAUAUGUAUAUUAAUACCUAUUUGCCGUUCGAUAGACGUCAGUCUGCAGUUAUUUAGACAAUUUAAAUACUGCCAGACCAAUCAAGUUGUUUAGCAUUUACUUUUUGCUACGAAGGAGACCCACUGUUUGUUUCACGCACAAUCCGACGCUUUGCAAUUUUUAUGACUUAACAGCCGUAAUAUUUUUUUAUUUCUCAGAUCCGCGAAUUGUUCACGAAUGCGUACGAGUGAGUUGGCAUCGAAGGCUUAGCUCAGGAUGAAAAUAAAAAUAAAAAACGUGUUGCGCUACACAGCGACGGGACUAUUUAAUUUAGAUUUUUAUAUAGUUACCAAGCCAAAAAAUAAUUAAUAUUUAAAAAGGAGCGGAAGAGGUAAAGUAAUACGUAGGUUGUUCUGAAAAUUUCCGCAAGAUGGCAUUAGACGUCGUGUUACAUUAAAAUUGUUAAUAUGCUAACUUUAUUUUGUUUUUUAAUAACACUUUUUUUUUUUUCGAGAGAGAAAAUGAAUUUAUCACGAGAACAUUUCCGCGCGAUUUUGCGGAAACUUUCGAAGCAACCCUAG